UGAUACAAGAUAGUGAAGAUGGUUUUCAAGCAGGAUCUUGAUCAAUAAGCCAAGUGGGCUGAGGAAUGGUUGAUGGAAUUGAAUGCAGAAAAAUGUGAGGUGAAUUUAUGUGCAAUAGCGUAAUCUGUUGGACCUUUAUUGUUAAUGAUCAGUUGCACACAGGAAGUAGGAAGCAGGAAGUAGUCUCCAGCCUUGGUUUGUCUGUCAUGUUUUAACGUCAGAAGCAAUCCUUCCCAAUCCUAGCUUGUUACGCUUAAGAAAGCAAUGGCUUGGGACUUGGUGUGUGACGAUAAAUGGAAAGAACCAUUUACCACAUCUCUGUACUUUUUCGGAGUGCUGAUAGGUUCUGGUGGUUCUGGGGUAAUAUCAGACAGGUUUGGGAGGAAGAUUGUUUUGUUUGGAUCUAUGGGGGUACAGAUUUUAUUCAAUCUUCUUAUCACAUUGUCACCCAGCUGGGAAAUCUUCUGCCUGAUUAAUUUCUUAAGAGGCAUCGGCGAGGUUUCAUACUAUGUGACUGCGUUUGUGCUUGGAUCUGAAAUUCUACAGAAAUCUAUUCGGGUUACAUACUCUACACUUGGAAUUGGCUGUUUUUAUGCCGUGGGAUACAUGAUGCUGCCUUUUAUUGCCUAUUUCGUGAGAGGAUGGAGAAUGUUGAUAUUGAUCCUGAGCCUGAUCUGUUUGCUGUACAUUCCUUUGUGGUGGUUUAUUCCUGAAUCUCCACGCUGGCUACUGUCCAAGGGAAGGGUAAAGGAAGCUGAAUCAAUAAUUCGAUGCAUGGCAAAGAAAAAUGGAAUCACUCCACCACCAGUACUUUUCACUGACGAUGAGCUUGAAAAUAUACAGAAUAAACAAGUAAAAUCUGUUCCAGUUACUCAAUUGAUAAAAUCUCGCAAUAUCCUAGUCAUCACAGUCAUUAGCGCACUCAUAUGGAUGAUUAUAGCAAUUGGAUACUAUGGUCUGUCUCUGAACAUCCCCAAUCUUCAUGGCAACGACUAUCUGAAUUGUUUCCUCUUUGGUGCCAUUGAGAUUCCGAGUUAUAUCGCAUCCUGGCUUCUCCUCCGGAAAUGUCCACGCAGGCUCAGCCAUGCAGGCAUUCUUGCUCUGAGUGGAGGUGUUCUGCUCUUCAUGAACCUCAUACCAUCAAAUCUUUCAAUACUUUCUACAGUGCUGGUGUUAAUUGGAAAAAUGGGAAACGCAUGGGCUUAUUGCAUGGUUUAUGUCUACACCUCCGAACUGUAUCCAACCCCAUUGAGAAACACAGGUGUUGGAGUGAGUUCAAUGGCUUCCAGAACUGGCAGCAUUAUUUCUCCUUACAUUGUUUUACUUGGUAGUUAUCAAGAGAUCCUGCCGUUUAUUGUGAUGGGGGUGUUGAUGGUGUUCUCAGGAAUUGUGGUCUUGUUUCUGCCAGAAACGUUCAAUAUUCCUCUUCCAGAUACAAUUGACCAAAUGCAAAAAGUUAAAUGGUGCAAAUGUUCUCACUCUGAUUCAACUCAAACCAGAGAAACCAAUGUGGUGAUUUUAAAAGAGGAAAUGCUUUGAGCACAGAUCUUCACCAGCAGCCAAGCGACUGAGGAAUUCAUUGCCGUUUGGGUCAGGCUCCAACUCUUCAGGAGUGGCAACUCCAAAAGUGGCAACUUCUUCUGUUGAUCCAGAAAGAAACUGAUACCUGGAGAUCACAGUGAAAUGAUCAGAUCUCCUGCAGGGAAUAGGAUUUGAAGUUUCUACCAAAGUUUCACAAAACCAAAUUACUGGACCUUUUCUCUAAGAUAUUGUUUUAAAAAAAGACAUGCACUUUUUAUGUCUUUCUUACAUCCGAUUGCAUUAUAUUCCUUGGAUAUUUUCCUCUUUGUAGAGCAAUUUAUUAAAUGCUAUGAACCAACCCUUGACAUCUACCCAGUGUGAUGGUUUUCUACAGUCAAUGCUUUCUGUAAUCAACUCUUGUUUCUGUUUCAUUCCUCCUGUUUUGGUUCAAACUCCUCUCCUGCUUUAAAGUUUGAAACAGGUCAUUAUAUUAGGUGCUUUCUUUCAAUUAUCUAUUUAUUGAAUGUGGAACUUGUUGACAUUAGACCAUAGAUGUAUAGCACAGAAACAGGCCCUUCAGCCCACAAUCUCCAUUGCAAACAAGUUAAACUAAUCUCUUCUGCCUGCACGUGAUCCAUAACCCUCCAUCCCCUGCAUAUCCAUGUGCUUAUCUAAAAGCCUCUUAAAUGCCACUAUCCUCUUUACCCCCACAACUACCCUCAGCAACACAUUCCGGGCACCCACUGCUCUGUGUAAAAUAAUACUUGCCUCACACAUUUCCUUUAAAGUUUGCCUCUCUCAUCUCUCACAUCUAGACUUUGAUAUUUCAAUCCUGGGGAAACAAUUCUGAUUGCUACUAUUAUCUAUGCCUCACAGAAUUUUAUAUACUUUGGUCAGAUUUCCCCUUGAUCUUUGAUGUUACAGAGAAAACAACAAAGUAGUCCAACCUUCCAUCAUAUCUAAUGUGCUCUAACCCAGGCUGCAUUCUGGUAAAUCUCUUUCGCACCCAUGACCACGUGGGUUUUCUCAGGGUGCUACGGUUUCCUCCCACACUACAAAGUCGUGGAAGUUUGUAGGUUAAUUGGCUUUGGUAGCAUUUCUAUUGUCCCUAGCGUGUGUAGGAAAAUUGUUAGUGUGCUGGGUGAUCGCUGGUCGGCGUGGACCGAAGGGCCUGUUUCCACGCUGCUUCUCAAAAGUCUAAAGUCUAAAGAGUCUAUUGCAGAGAGAAAUAAUAUAUCUUUAUUGUCAUUGCACAGAGGGGGAUAAAUGGGGGAUAGGAUUGAUCUGAGAAUCAGCUUCAGUUUAGUAUGAGAUGAGUUUAUUGUCACGUGUACUGAGGUACAGUGAAAAGCAUUAGUUGCGUGCUAUCCAAUCAGCAGAAAGACAAUACAUGAUUACAAUCGAGCCAUUUACAGGGUAUAGUACAUGGUAAGGGAAUAAAGUUUCCUGCAAGGUAAAGCCAGCAAAGUCUGAUCAAUGAGAGUCCGAGGGUCUCCAAAGAGGUAGAUAGUAGUUCAGCUCUUUGGUUGUGUUCAGACGAUUCAGUUGCCUGAUAACAGCUGGAAAGGAACUGUCGGUGAAAGUAUGGAAGUAUGUGUUUUCACACUUCUAUACCUUCUGUCUGAUGGGAAAGGGGAGAAGAGGGGGUGGCUGGGGGUAUGACUAAUCCUUGAUUAUGCUGCUGGCCUUGACGUGGCAGCGUGAGGUAUAGAGACAAUGGAAGGGAGGUUGGUUUGCGUGAUGGUCUGUGCUGCAUCAGCAAUUCGCUGCAAUUUCUUGUGUUGGAUGGAGCUGUUUCAAGAUCAAGUUGUGAUGCAUCCUGAUAAAGUGCUUUCCAUGGUGCAUCUGUGGAACAUUGUCAGAGUUGUCGGGCACAUGCCAAACUUUCUAAGCCUUCUAAGAAAGUUGUGGCAUUGGUAUGCUUUCUUAGUCGUUACUUCAAUAUAUGGGUGGACCAGGAGAAGUUGUUGGUGAUAUUGACUCCAAGGAUACAGUUGCAGAGACGAGUGCUGACACCAAGUGCCGUGAGUCUGGUGAUAAGCUUGGAUGGUAUAAUGGUAUUGAAGGCAGAGCUGUGGUCUAUGAAUAGGAGUCCGACAUAGGUGCCUGUCCUAUCCAGGUGUUCUAGGGAUGAGUGCAGGUCUAGGGCAAUGGCAUAAUCCAUGGACCUGUUGUGGCAAUAGGCAAAUUGCAGUGGGUCAAGACCGCUGGGUAGACUGGAUUUAAUGCGUUCCAUAAAUAGCCUCUCAAAACAUUUCAUGAUGUUAGAUGUCAAAGCCACUAGUAGUCGUUUAGGCAUGAAGUCUUUGUUUUCUUCAGCACUGGAAUGAUGGUGUUCUUCUUGAAGCAGGUGGGUAUCUCAGAAUGUAGUAGGGAGAGAUUAACGAUGUCAGCAAAUACUCCCGCGAGCUGGCACGUAGCUACUAAGGACACGGUCAGGAACCCCGUCUGGGCUAAUUGCUUUUCGUGGGUUUACCCGCAAAAAGGCCGAUCUAACCUCUACUACAGUGACCCUAGGGAGAGGCACACUGGAGUCUGAAGGGCCAUGUGUCACCACACUGUUGGCCUUCUGCUUGAAGCGAGCAUAGAAAUAAUUCAGUUCAAUGAUGAUGCCUGACCUUGCUUUUCUUUUUUUUAUUAUUAUUUUUUUAUUUUUUUUAUUAGAAGUACAAUAAGUUACAGUAAUACACACCAGAUAUAUCCUAUUACAUUUGUUGUACCCCUUCAUUUUUUGAGCUUUAAGAAAGAUAGAAAUAAAAGUAAGGAAAGUGAGAAAGAGUUGUGAUAGUGCAAGAAAGUGUUGGGAAAAGAAAGCCCAUUAGAAAGAGAGUUAGAGAAGAAAGUUAAGAAAUAGACCCUAGAAAAUAAAUAAAUAAAGAAAGAAAGAAAGAAAGAAAGAAAGGGAAACAAUCGCUCCAUUAUAAAAAAAACUCUGCAAAAAGGGAUAUACCAACCAUAUUUUUCACCCCCCGUUACCAGAUCCUGGCACCAUUUAUUUUUUAAAUUACUAUUGCACUUCAUGCUUGUAGUAAGUCCAUAAAUGCAGACCACGUCUUUUGGAAGUGGUCUGCUUUGCUUGCGAGGAGGAGUCUCAUAUCUUCCAGGUGUAAUUAUUCGAACGUGUUUGAAAUCCACAUUUUUAUUGUUGGUAUAGGAGUGUUUUUCCAGAAUCUGACCUUUCUUUUCAGCCAGUUAUCUUAUGCAGACCAUGCCACAUACUCUGUGUGUCUGAGUGAUUAUACUGGGAUUAUACUUAUCCCUAUAAGUUUGUCCCCUUAUACGAUUGAUACGAUACGAUUCGAUGUUACAUUAUUGUCAGAACAAAGUCUGAAAUUUGUUUUGCAUCGCAGCAGUUCCAUUUACAGCAUCACAUAAAAGAUAAAAGAGACUUGAAAAGUCAUGCAUUAAGACAUCAAGACAGGACCCAAAAAUACAUACGUUCAACACGACAUUACAAUAACAGAAGACAACAUUUGAGGCCCAUCAGCAUGCAUUUGAUCUGGGAUUAAGCGCUGUAUUUAGUUUGAGGAUUGACUGGUGCACAAAAGAGUGCUUCAGUCUAACCUUAUUACAUUUUGGUACCCAAUAUCUCCAGUUUGAUGGUAACAAAUAGUACUCGCUGUUCAGAACGUGGUUGGGUCAGAAGAAAUAUUGUUGACCAUCCUUAGUAUGUUUUUAUGGUAGGAUAAUUCAUACAAAUUCUGAAGUGGUUGAUCUACAAUCUUUGAGCAGAUUUUUAAUUGUUGGAGUUUUGAUUUUGUAGUCGCAGACAAACUCUUGUGCCAUGUAAUCUUACAGUAUUGCAAAACACUCUGCAAUAUUAUUGCAAAAUUAUCACAGCGGUAAAAAAUAACAAAAGGAUUUGUCUACUUGCUCCGAAAGAUCUAAGGGGAGAAACCAGAUUCUUUGUUUUGUCUUAUUGCAAAUCUUAUCAAUGUGGUCAUUCCAUGAUAACUGAUGAUCUAUCGUUACCCCCAAGUAUUUAAAUGGAAUUACAUGCUUGAUUUUUUCAUAAUGGAUAACAAGAGACACUUUAUGUGAGGCAGAUGGUGAACCAAAUACAAUCUCUUCUGUUUUCUUUGUGUUAAUCUCAAGAGCAUUAUUAUCAGUCCACUCGACCAGUUUGUUCACGCCAAGUUGGUGCAGCCCAGGGUUGUCUGAGUUACUUAACAUAAAUAAUAGAACUGUAUCAUCUGAGUACUUUAGAAUAGAUUGAUUCGGUGUAUUUGUAUGACAAUCAUCAGUGUAAAAGGUAAAAAGCACAGCUGAACUCACACAACCCCAGGGGGCCCCGACAUUGGUUGUGAUGGCAGAUGAAAGGGUUUUAUUCCCCUUUACAAUCUGUACUCUGUUAGUGAGAAAGGAAGCAUACCAAUGAUAGGGAUUCAGUUGCUGCCGGACCAUUUUUGACACCAAAAUGUCUGCUUGUAUUGUGUUGAAAGCUGAAAUCUAGAAAGAGGGCUCUUGCAAAGGUGUUUAAGAGGGAA